GUUGCCAGCAACAUCAUUUGAACGUACGGCUGCAUUGAAGCUCAGACACGUCCAAGCGCUUCACUUUCCUUCGCAUUUCUCGUUCAAUCUUAACGCCUUAGCUCUGUAUCAUCAUGCGUGAAUGUAUCUCAGUCCAUGUCGGCCAGGCCGGGGUCCAGAUGGGCAAUGCCUGCUGGGAGCUGUACUGCCUGGAGCACGGCAUCCAACCUGAUGGUCAGAUGCCCAGUGACAAGACCAUCGGAGGUGGUGACGACUCCUUCAAUACCUUCUUCAGCGAGACCGGUGCUGGCAAACAUGUCCCUCGCUGUGUCUUCGUCGAUCUGGAACCUACCGUUGUCGAUGAAGUCCGUACCGGCACCUACCGCCAACUUUUCCACCCUGAACAACUCAUCACCAGCAAGGAGGAUGCCGCCAACAACUAUGCCAGAGGUCAUUAUACAGUUGGCAAAGAACUCAUUGAUCUUGUCCUUGACAGGAUCCGCAAGUUGGCUGACCAGUGCACGGGCCUCCAAGGGUUCCUCAUCUUCCACAGCUUCGGUGGAGGCACUGGCUCUGGCUUCACAUCCCUGUUGAUGGAGCGUCUCUCCGUCGACUAUGGAAAGAAGUCCAAGUUGGAGUUUGCCAUCUACCCGGCUCCUCAGAUCUCUACAGCGGUCGUGGAGCCCUACAACUCCAUCCUGACCACCCACACCACCCUGGAGCACUCUGACUGCGCCUUCAUGGUCGACAACGAGGCCAUCUACGACAUCUGUCGUCGCAACCUAGACAUCGAACGUCCGACUUACACCAACCUCAACCGUCUGAUUGGUCAGAUUGUGUCCUCCAUCACUGCCUCGCUGCGCUUCGAUGGUGCCCUCAAUGUCGACCUGACCGAGUUCCAGACCAACUUGGUUCCCUACCCACGUAUCCACUUUCCUUUGGCCACCUACGCUCCUGUCAUCUCUGCUGAGAAGGCUUACCAUGAGCAGCUGACCGUUGCUGAAGUCACCAACGCCUGUUUUGAGCCGGCCAAUCAGAUGGUGAAGUGCGAUCCUCGUCACGGCAAGUACAUGGCCUGCUGUCUGCUCUUCCGUGGUGAUGUUGUCCCCAAGGAUGUCAACGCUGCCAUAGCAACCAUCAAGACCAAGCGCACCAUCCAGUUCGUCGAUUGGUGUCCAACUGGCUUCAAGGUGGGCAUCAACUACCAGCCACCCACCGUCGUGCCUGGCGGUGAUCUGGCCAAGGUGCAGCGUGCCGUCUGCAUGCUGAGCAACACCACAGCCAUCGCCGAGGCCUGGGCUCGUCUGGAUCACAAGUUCGAUCUGAUGUACGCCAAGCGUGCCUUCGUCCACUGGUACGUGGGAGAGGGUAUGGAGGAGGGCGAGUUCUCUGAGGCUCGUGAGGAUCUGGCAGCCUUGGAGAAGGAUUACGAGGAGGUCGGGUUGGAUUCUGUUGAUGGAGAGCAAGAGGAAGAGGGAGAGGAAUACUAAACUCCUGAAGUGCGACUGAAUCUCAACCACUGUCUUCCUUAUCAUCCAGAAAUAAAUACUUAUAAUGAAGCGUCCUCUUACGUAAAACUGGAAAGUGCACAAACAAUAUUCCCACUCAUUCUUGAUAUCUGACGGAAAAAUAAUACGGUCUAAAAUAAUACGGAAUCUAAACUCUAAUUUGUGACAGAGCGUGCCAAACGCAUGGGUAAGCGUAUCCAAAGGGACUGAAUAAAUCUCCUAUUAACCAUUUCAGUCAGUGAGAAAUUGGUUUGGGGGCAUAAAAGUGUCUUCUUUCUAGGAACAUGCUUCUGGAUUAUCUCCGUACCUGCAUUUUAAUUAAGCAAGGAAACAAUUCCAUUUCUAUAAGAGGAAUAUUUUUUAAUGCAGUUCAAUUCGAGUUAAUUAAUAAUGAUUAUCAGUGUUAUUUCUUGAGUCUUUAUUAGUGGUCAUUGUUCGUUGAUGAGUUAGAUGAAUAAUCUUUUCGAACUUUAGCAGCCACAAAUUUAUAGGUCCAUGAUUGAAUACAGCAAUUGAAAGAAACACUGCAACAAGGGAAAGGAAGGAAAGUAUUUAACUUCCAGUUUUUGCAGUGAAAUUGAAAAGCUUCAACUUCACCGAACCAAGGUUUUUCUCGUGCACUUUUCUCCCAAAGUAAUUUUUAAUAUCCAGAAUUUUUUUGAAAAAUUAUUAUCAACCUCGAAAUCAUUGUCAUAAGCUUGUCCGAAAAAUUGUAGAACAUACACGAUUCAAAAUAUGGAUUCCUUUUGAACCAAUGUAAACACGAUUUAAUUAUAUCACUAUUGUGAAAUGCCCCAUGCUUUUAUUUUUCUGGCAUUUAAUGUCUCGAGACAGUGGAAGAAAGAAAUAAUAAAUUUGACCAUGGUGAAACUGCAAAAAGUGAUCCUUUCCAUUAAA